UGUCUAAUGAGACAUCUAAUCCCAUUUUCUGACGAGUGAGAUGGAGACACUCUGCUGUUUGUCUCACAAGCUUUACAAAAAAAGCUACCAGCUGUCACCUUCUAGCAGAUCCACGAUCAGGUCAUUCUGUGUAAACUUCUGUCCUCAACAGCUAUUAACAAUUAACCAAAACCCACUUGAGAUUGUCAGCACAGACUACUAGACCUGCGUGAGCACCAGAAUGUGUUUGUCUUUCGUGAGCAUAGUAGCACUCAGGAGUUAAUGUGAAUUGGUUGGACAAACACAGCUAAUGUGGCACGUGUAAUGGGACAGUCACUUAAAAGUGUCAAAGUGUGUUUGCGCACAAGAUUUGUUUUCCGCUGAUUCAGGCAAAGACUGCACAACCCACCUAAAAACACAUGUAUAAAAAUGAGAAGCACACGCUGUCUGUCCCAAACGUUCGCUCGUCUACCAUCUCUACCGUUCCUUGUCCUCUGCUUCAAGAACAGCGUGACCAUGGCAGUUUGGAUCCAGGCUGGUGCUCUGUUGUUUCUUUUGGCCGUCUCCGGUGUGAACGCUAACGCAGGGGCGCCGCAGCACCUGUGUGGAUCUCAUCUGGUCGAUGCCCUCUACCUGGUCUGUGGGCCAACAGGCUUCUUCUAUAACCCCAAGAGAGAUGUUGACCCUCUUCUGGGUUUCCUUCCUCCAAAAUCUGCCCAGGAAACUGAGGUGGCUGACUUUGCAUUUAAAGAUCACGCAGAGCUGAUAAGGAAGAGAGGCAUUGUAGAGCAGUGUUGCCACAAACCCUGCAGUAUCUUCGAGCUGCAGAAUUACUGUAACUAAAAGAACAUGUCCUGUGACAACCGCCAAUGACUUCACCACCUGUUUGCACACAGGUAUCAGCCUUAAUGCUCUUGAUUUGUUUUUCAUAGAAAAUAAAAUGUUAUCAAAUGAA